GUUGAUCUGAACCGACUCUUGGGUCCAGAGUGUUUGACCUCGAACCAACCCUUCAAGCUCCAAAAGAUGGACUUAAACCUGAACCCAAGUUGGGUCGACCCGUUGGAUCACAUCGAUUUCUUUUUCGUUCUUCUUCCCCUGCAGUCCUCUCCUCUGUACUGAAAUUCAAAGUCUCUCUCUCUCUGUAUAUAAGAUUCGAAGUGCCUCUCUUUACUUUCUCUCUGACCCCCAAAUUCCCAUUUUCUCCAUUUGCCUUUGCAAACCUACAAAUAACAGUCUCAUCUUCGAAGUUCCUCUCGAGAAAGUACAGGAGAUUCAGAGAGAGAAAGCAUGGACACCAUUGAGAAACAAGGCGAUGGCAAGGAUCGAUCCUCCAUGGAAGUUGCAGCCAAGGAGAGAGAAAGCGGAAAUGAGAAGCUCCGCAAGGAGGCCGAGGAGAGAGACCGCCAGAGCCGCGAUUUGAGAGAAGGGUUGCACCCCUUGCAGCAAAAGUUUGUUUUUUGGUACACCCGUCGGACACCUGGGGUUCGGUCCCAAACGUCUUAUGAAGAUAAUAUAAAGAAAAUUGUGGAGUUUAGUACGGUUGAAGGGUUUUGGGUCUCCUAUUGCCAUCUUGUCCGCCCAUCUUCCUUGCCAAAUCCUACAGAUUUGCAUCUUUUCAAGGAGGGCAUCCGACCUUUGUGGGAGGACUCUGCAAAUUGCAAUGGUGGAAAGUGGAUAAUACGUUUUAAAAAGGUUGUUUCAGGUCGCUUUUGGGAGGAUUUGGCCUUGGCAUUAGUUGGUGAUCAACUGGAUUGUGGAGACAACAUAUGUGGAGCCGUGCUAAGUAUCCGUUUCAGUGAGGACAUUCUAAGCGUUUGGAAUCGGAAUGCAUCCGACCAUCAGACUGUGAUGGCUUUGAGAGAUUCAAUCAAGCGGCAGUUGAAGCUUCCUCAUAGCUAUGUGAUGGAAUAUAAAGCCCAUGAUGCUUCUUUGCGUGAUAACUCGUCAUACCGAAACACAUGGCUGAGAGGAUAGAGGGGUCCACGCAUCUUGGAUGCUGCCAGGUCUUGCGUAGGUUGUGAAGCUCUAGGAAAAGCAAGUGAAGCUUCAUAUGAGUUCCAACCUGUGUACUGAUUGAUCAUGCCAUAAAAGAUAUAUUACUCAAGGUGGAUCUGGUUGCCUCCAUCAGAAGAUUCCUAAUGUCCGGGUGUACUUUUCGUUUUUGUCAAACUAAGAAAUCCAUGGACUUAAAAACUGUGAAUGGAAUAGAGAUGAUACCUAUUCUCUUCUUUGAACAAUACAAUGCAAAUUGCAUUUUCGAGCCU